GGAGCUGCGGCGCCUCCAGUCUGGCCGAGCCCCGCCUCUUCCCCGGGCUCGCACGCCAGGCGAAGGCAGACAGGCAGGUAGCAAGCGGCAGCGCCGGCCAUGGCUCUCUUUCACUCCAGUCGCCUCAUGUCGCCUUGCUUGGCGUCUCUCUCGGCCCGCGCCAGCUCCUGGUGGACUCAUGUGGAAAUGGGACCUCCCGAUCCCAUUCUGGGAGUAACAGAAGCCUUCAAGCGGGACACCAACAGUAAAAAGAUGAACCUGGGAGUGGGGGCAUACCGAGAUGAUAACGGGAAGCCAUAUGUCUUGAACUGCGUCCGCAAAGUAGAAGCCCAACUAGCUGAAAAGAAGUUGGACAAGGAAUACUUACCCAUUGCAGGGCUGGCAGAGUUCAACAAGGCGUCUGCUGAACUGGCUUUGGGAGAGACAAAUGAAGUUAUUAAGAGUGGACGGUAUGUCACUGUGCAGACAAUUUCUGGAACUGGAUCUUUACGAGUGGGUGCCAACUUCUUGCAACGAUUCUUCAAAUAUAGCCGGGACGUCUACCUUCCCAAACCAUCCUGGGGCAAUCACACCCCCAUCUUCAGGGAUGCCGGGAUGCAACUCCAGAGCUAUCGGUACUAUGAUCCCAAGACCUGUGGCUUUGACUUCAAUGGAGCUUUGGAAGACAUAUCUAAAAUUCCGGAGCAAAGUGUCAUCCUCUUACAUGCCUGUGCUCACAAUCCAACUGGUGUGGACCCUCGGCCGGAGCAGUGGAAGGAGCUGGCAGCAGUAGUGAAGAAAAGGAACCUCUUUGCCUUUUUUGACAUGGCGUACCAAGGCUUUGCUAGUGGGGACAUAAACAAAGAUUCCUGGGCUGUCCGUCACUUCAUUGAGCAAGGCGUUAACAUUGUGCUGUCCCAGUCAUAUGCAAAGAACAUGGGUCUGUAUGGAGAGCGCGUGGGUGCCUUCACCGUGGUUUGCAAGGAUGCUGAGGAGGCCAAGCGAGUGGAGUCCCAGCUAAAGAUUCUGAUCCGCCCCCUGUACUCCAACCCUCCCAUCAACGGGGCUAGGAUUGCCUCUACUAUUCUCACCAGCCCCGACUUGCGAAAGGAAUGGCUGACAGAAGUGAAGGGGAUGGCCGAUCGGAUCAUUGGCAUGCGUACUCAGUUGGUGGCAAAUCUGAAAAAAGAGGGUUCCUCUCAUAACUGGCAACACAUCACUGACCAGAUUGGCAUGUUCUGCUUCACAGGCUUGAAACCUGAACAGGUGGAGCGGCUAACCAAGGAGUUCUCCAUCUACAUGACCAAGGAUGGACGCAUCUCAGUUGCAGGCGUGACAUCCAGCAAUGUGGCUUACCUGGCCCAUGCCAUUCACCAAGUCUCCAAGUAAACCAAGAGCUUAAUUGAGUUGGAUCGGAUAGCCUUCUCUUCCACCUUCUUUGGACAGUUGGAUGUCAGCGAAUGGCAGGAGGGCAAGACAUAGAAUGGCUUUCCCCGUGGCACUAAAACAUCACUGAAUGUAUUUCUGUAGAGGUCUUGUCCUCUCUCCCCUUCCCACCAGUGUUGCUUGGCUCUAGGCAGAGCUGUUGAUUUUUUGUUCUGCUGCUCUUUUCCAAAGAAAUUCACCUAAGUGUUAACCAAACAUGGACCUUUCCUUGCUUUUAGAGGCUAUAGGGGAACCACUGCAAACACAUCUGGCUUGAGUGACUUGCUACCAAACAUGGCAGGGUGCGAUGGCUGCUUCAACUCCUGUUGCAUCCUGGUCUGUCUUUUCAUGAGCUUUCUUUGAUCCAUGAACUCAUACUGUAAUUUGGGAGCUCUCCUCAAAGAACAAGAGAUGACAGAGGUUUGUGCAUCACAGCAGCUUUUUCUCCUGGGCAUUUUGGAAGGCUGUUGAAUCUUCUAAUUCCCCUUCUUUCAAGGCAAGCAAAGGCAUUGAAUCCCCCAUAGUUGCUGCUACGAGGCAGGUGCAUUUCUGGGUGAUGACAAUGAAAAGGCUGCAGCCCGUAGCCUUCGGCUUAGCCACGUCUGAAUUCUUUCUCCAACAGAAGAGUAAUGUAUAUUGGCAGAAAGCUCCCAAGGCUAGAGUGAGGCUGUAGAUGUGGCUGAAGGUAGUAGUAGGAUAGAAACCAAGAGUUUUUGUACAGUAUAUUUGGUCAGAGCAAUGACAGCAAAUCAAGUCUGGAAGGGAACCUCUGUUUUGGGAAGCCUUGUGGAAUCCUUUCUCAUCUGGAAGAGGGACUCAGGUUUUUUGCUGGAAUUAGUUCAGAGUGCCAGUUCAAACUUGCUCUUUCCAGUCUCUGCCUAUCUGCCACCUGAUACAGAGUCUUUAGAAGAAGUUUGAUAUUUUUGGCCAUCCCUAUUCAAUCACAGCCCUUGGUUUCUGGGCCUGAGCACUGCACAGUGGAACUUCCCAGAGUCGAAGCCUGGGGGCUAGCCACAUCUUCUCCCCUUGAGGGCUGGGGCAAGCAUCUUCCCUUUCAAUUUUGUGCUAAAGAUAACUUGUUUGGGAGUUUUCACUCUUCCUUGAGCUUGGAGGGAGGGAGCCCUCUUUUCCGUGCAGCUUCCUUGCCACUUUUUAAAUGGUGCCAUGUCUGUGGGAGGUUACUUUGGCAUCUCAUCCAACUGAUUGCUGCUGCCACCUCAGUCCAGAGGGGGAACAGAAGGGCUAAGUUUUCACAGCUCCAAGCUUCCCAGAUAAGGCCACAGCAAUAAUUCAUAGACAUCUGAGGGUGAGGCACAGUUUUAGCCACUCCUCGUUUGCUCUUGAAAGCCUACUGUGCUUGAGAGUUCCAGCACAGCUAUGCCUGCACUUUUUAAAGGUUAUUGACAUCAAAGAGGGCAAGAACUGAGAAGCACCGCCACACUGCAGUCUCGUGUCCCAAGUCCUACUGUCCAUUUUGGGCUGUGGGGCGGGAUUAUAUACCUGUUUGUUUGGAAAAGAAUGUGGGAAACAUCCCUGAGAUGCUUUCUAGGUGAAGGAGAAGUAGCUGCACCCAGGGAGAGACGUUGAAAUCUCUGCCUUUCUCUGGAGAAAAGAUGGCCAGUUUGGUUUCUGAAAAUUCAGUCCCUCUUUUCAUUCUCUGAAUUUCCCACUAGCCUGUUGCUUUCCAUUGCAGAUUUGCCCACGCACUGUCAUUGCAGAUCCUGUGCCACUUUUGUGGAGGUUUUUUUUCCAAUUUGAUUUUCACCCAUGGCUCUAUGCUCUGCCAAAUCUUGUGAAUCCAUCUGUGAUGACUGAGUGCUAAAGCGUACAUCUCGCAUGGGAAAGUGGGCAGAGAACCACAAAUCUGUUCCUGCAGCCUGAAUGAGAAGAGCAUCUUGGCCCUGCUUCUGCUGGCUAGAGCAAGAUGUGUGCUCUCAGCUGGAAUGAGAACGUCCCUUCGAGGAAGCUUCCUUGGGAUGGUUUCUUGAAAGUCAAAACAGUUAGACAGACCGUUUCUCCUCAGCCCUUCUCAUUUAUCAGUCUCCAGUCUAUCUGUCUGCCAGAGGCUGUAACAUGGCAUCCCUUGCUGGUCCAACAAGUAUCAGGGUUUGCUGCAUCUCUUGCUUGUUUCCCUGAGGUCAAUAGCAGAAUUUUCUUUGUGUGUGCUGAAAACAGUAUUACUUCUAGAAAAACUAGAGGCCCUUUCUCAUCAGAGGGAGAAGAGUACUGUGCAGUAGUUGUGGAGGCAGUCAGUGCAUUCAGCACAUGGCUUUUAAACAUGCUUUGGCCAGGGGAAUUACCGAGCUUUUCCAAUCCUGUCUUUGUGUUGCUGCUUUUCUCAAAGGAGUCAAGAGGAGGGUGGUCGUUUCCAUGCUGUGGUUCUGGGCUGUCUUUGCUGUGUGAUUUCCUGCCCUUGCCUCCUUUCCUUUUUCCAGAAGAAUCUUCUGCCAUUCAGCAUAAAUCAUGUAGGCCUUUAGACAGCCUAUUUGUUUCAAAAAUAAUAAAACUGCUGUCGAUCUGA